AUUAAUAUUGCGCGUAAAAUAUUGCCUCAAUCAGGCUGACACGUGCAACUUUUGUAUCACCCGCUCGCGAAACGCGAGAGAACGAUUGAGCACCACUGCUAUCAGCAAAUACAUGAUAAACGCAAUAAGUGUGUAUUGCUGUGUGUGUGUGUGUGUGUGUGUGUGCACGCGACCACAUCGGAAUGGCACGGCCAACAUCGACUCGGUGUGAAAAAGGGUCCAUGGAGGAAGUAUGGAGAUUAUUUUCUGAUAUACAUGGAGAACGAGAGAGAGAGCAUUGAAGCAUCAUCCAGGCAGAUGACGUGGCCUACGAUACACCCAACUAAUCGCACUCGGUUGCUGACCAGUCGACUCAUGUAUUUGUGCUACGCGAAAGAAGCUUGACGACGACAGCUUGAUCGUAACGCAGAGACAUAAAUUGCCAGGAUGUGUGUUACACAUACCACGAGUUAACAGUGUAACACUGUGGUGAAUAUCAGUAUCUUAUGUCAUUGCUGAAGUAGAUUUAGCUGGACAAAAUACCUCAUUGUUGAUUUAAGUAAUUACUAUUUAAUGGACUAUGAAUAGUAUGUUGUGAAAAUGUGCCACUUUAAAUCAAAUCUAUGGAUUGUACUAUGUAUCAGCAUCUUGUCAUAUGUUUUACGAGCACAGGCAGAAGGUCUUUCAUGUUUCAAAUGUCUCGUGACAAUUAUGAGACCACAAGACACAGAUCUACUUUGUUCUCGUUUUGAUGGAAGUGCCAAAUUUCAGGUGUUCUGUCCAUUUUCAACAUUCUGUAUGAAAAGAACCAUUAAAUAUAAGUCUAAAACAUCAGUAGCUACUACAGUUCUGAGAGACUGUGCACCCCAGAAAUACACCUUUCAGAUGUACAAUGAGGAUGAAAAAAGAUGGGACAAGAAGGAUGAAAUUAUAGCAAAUGCUUACGAUGAAGGCUGCUUCAUCGGUGAACAUAGAGGAGCACCAACUAAUCCACCUGAAUAUUGUUUCUGUAGUUUUCACUUAUGCAAUUCAUCUCCCACACAAACUGGGAUGGUUGGUAAAAUAUAUGGGACAAUAUUAGUACUAUUGAUUAUGAGGUUGCUAUAAAAUUUUCUUAAUAUAUGACAUGCAAUUUGUUACUUAAAAAUAUUUCAUGCAUAAAUAUUUUACAUUGAUUCUGGAAAUGUGGAAAAAAUUCCAUUUUUACAAAUUGCAAAUAUUGCAUAAUACAAAAAAAAACUAUUUUGCAUACUCAAUACAUAUGGCCACAAGUAAUUAAAUUCAUUCCACAAAAUGCAUAAUAUAUAAACUUAAAUUUAACUUCGUGACUUAAAUCUCAUAUUAUUUUUAUCUAUGAUUUGAAGAUUUAUUUAUGGUUUUAACACAUAAUUGUGUAAUCAACAUUGUGCAAAUAUAAAAU